AUGGGCCUCAAGCGCAAGCAUUCGUCCGACGACUCGCCGCUCUCCAUUUCCAGCUUCGGUGCUGUCUCUACACCAGAUGCACAAUCGCCAAUGUCAUUUCCCAAAGGCUACGAUAAGAUGAUGGACACAGAUGCGCACGUGAGCUCAAGAUCCAAUGCUUGGGACUUUAUGAGCGUGAAUCGGGUCAAGAGCAGCGACUGGGGUAACCGCACGCGCAAGCGGGUCCGCGACAACAGACCCGAUGAGCGAGCGAUACACGAAAAUACGCUGAAUAUGCUCUUUGCCGCGCAACGGAACCACCCUGACGCCUCACCUAUUCCAUCUGACGCUCUUCCAAUGCACCAACAACCCAAUCCAGUCUCAUCGAAGCCGCAAAAGUCUACGCUACACUCUUUCUGGAAACAGCUUCCUGCGCCGCCUGUUCAACCCAUCUUCUCAAUGCCUGUGCAGCAGGAGCAGAAGUGA